GUGAAGGAGCCCGUGGGCUCCGGCCGUGAGGCAGACAAACCACCAAGAUGAACAAGAAUCAUGCUUUUUUCAAAAGCAGUGGUUUAUAUCUCCCUCUGAAUCAUUUAACUUACAACAACAACACCCUGCCAGCCUAACAACGUUGUACAGGCUGACUUUAUGUUCGUUUAGUUUGCAGCCACUGUUUGCACCCCUAAUUAGGUCCCUUCCUAAUGGGUCUAUUGUAGCCCACUAUCCCUCUCCCUGUGUGUCAUGGGUACGUGUGUGUUGGGGGGUUCGGGGUAAACAGGGACAAAGUGAUUAUAACCCUUCCUCCAGGGUGCACGUUUUAAACAAACACCUAUAGAAGGAGCCACGGAUUGACUUAUUCUGCCUCCCCGCCCCUGCCGGGGGAGUGUCCUCGCCCGCCCUGCAUAAAGCCCAACACACCCACCAGCUGCGGAGCACGCCGAGAGAGACGCCGUGCUAGACCGACGGAGCGAGCGGGAGAGAGCGGACCGGCGGCGCCCCAGACCGCGUGAAAGCAAAGCCGGAUACCACGGACCGUCGCUCUAGCAUGAGUUCAGCAGCAUCCCGGGACUGAUCGCACUUGCAGCCUACGUGCGCAGCGCAAGUUCGCUCGCACUUUCCCGAGGACGAGCCGCGCAGAGAAAACAACGAUGGAGAGGAGCAUCCCGGGAUGGUGUGUGCUGCUCACCCUCGUCUGGCACGGUACGCGCUGCAUGGCGGCCAAGGAGCUCCAGUGCCAGGAGAUCUCCGUGCCGCUGUGCAAAGGCAUCGGCUACAACUACACCUACAUGCCCAACCAGUUCAACCACGACACGCAGGACGAGGCCGGCCUGGAGGUGCACCAGUUCUGGCCGCUGGUGGAGAUAAAGUGCUCCCCGGACUUGCGCUUCUUCCUCUGCAGCAUGUACACACCGAUCUGCCUGGAGGACUACAAGAAGCCACUGCCGCCGUGCCGGAGCGUGUGUGAGCGGGCCAAAGCUGGCUGCGCUCCGCUCAUGAGGCAGUACGGCUUUCCGUGGCCAGACCGGAUGAGGUGCGACCUGCUGCCCGAGCAGGGGAACCAGGACACGCUGUGCAUGGACUACAACCGGAGCCAGACCACGACCGCUUCUCCCGUGCUGGCGAAGCCGACCAACCGGCCCCUGAAGCCGCUCAACCCCAGGAAAAAGAACGGCUAUGGUCGCGGCAUCCCAGGCAAACACAAGCCAGCGGCUUCCCAGUGUGAGCCGGGGUGUUUCUGCCGCGCGCCCAUGGUGCCGGUGGCCAGCGACAGCCACCCGCUGCACAACCGCGUCAAGACGGGACAGAUCCUGAACUGCGCCAUGCCGUGCCACAACCCCUACUUCACCCAGGAAGAGAGGACUUUCACCGCCUUCUGGAUCGGCCUGUGGUCCGUCCUGUGCUUCAUCUCCACUUUCGCGACCGUGGCGACUUUUCUGAUCGACAUGGAGAGGUUCAAGUACCCGGAGCGCCCCAUCAUCUUCCUCUCCGCCUGCUACAUGUUCGUGUCAGUCGGAUACAUUGUCAGGCUGAUCGCCGGACACGAGGAGGUGGCCUGCAGCGGAGAACACGGCGCCGAACACAUCCACUACGAAACCACGGGUCCCGCGCUCUGCACCAUCGUCUUCCUGCUCAUCUACUUCUUCGGCAUGGCCAGCUCGAUCUGGUGGGUGAUCCUGUCCCUCACCUGGUUCCUCGCCGCGGGCAUGAAGUGGGGGAACGAGGCUAUAGCCAGUUACGCACAGUACUUUCACUUGGCCGCCUGGCUCGUCCCCAGCAUGAAGUCGAUAGCGGUGCUGGCUCUGAGCUCGGUGGACGGGGACUCGGUGGCCGGGAUUUGCUACGUGGGCAACCAGAAUUUGGACAACCUGCGGGGCUUCGUGUUGGCGCCGCUGGUCAUCUACCUGUUCAUCGGCACCAUGUUUCUGCUGGCCGGGUUCGUUUCGCUGUUCAGGAUCCGGAGUGUAAUCAAGCAAGGGGGGACUAAGACGGACAAGCUGGAGAGGCUGAUGAUCCGGAUAGGAGUUUUCACGGUUUUGUACACGGUCCCGGCCACCGUCAUAGUGGCCUGCUACUUUUACGAGCAGCACAACCGACAGACGUGGGAAAUUACGCACAACUGCACGUGCAUGACAGACCCCAACAGGCAGAGGCCGGAUUAUGCCGUGUUCAUGCUGAAAUACUUUAUGUGCCUCCUGGUGGGCAUCACGUCGGGAGCCUGGAUCUGGUCCGGGAAAACCCUGGACUCCUGGAGAACUUUCUGCACGCGGUGCUGCUGGGGCAGCAAGGCCUCCGCGGGCUCCAUGUACAGUGACGUGAGCACGGGACUGACCUGGAGGUCCGGGACGGCCAGCUCCGUGUCCUGCCCCAAACAGAUGCCACUGUCCCGGGUGUGAUCGGGGGGGGGUUGUCCGCUGAAAUGCGUCUUAGCUUAUGCCAUUUGACACUUGCGUCUAAAGGCUGCGCGUGUCAGCUCUUCGUGGGACGAAGUGGCAUAAAGACUGAUUACAAUUACGCGCGUACCUCCGCCAAGGCCGAAAAUGGACGAAAAUGUCGGAAAGAGCCCCGUCUCCCUAUGUUAAGGACAGGGAAUUAAAAAAAAAAAAAAGAGUUGAUAUCCUCCGCUUUAAUUGGGUUCCUUACCAAAAUGUUAACGAGCUCUUCCCCGGCCCGUGUCCCACCUCCCCGCAAAAUUUGGUGCAAAGUUCCUUUUUUUUUUUUUUUGCUUAAUCCUGCUGAAGAACCGACAGACGGAUGCGGGUGGAGACAUGAGCUCCUUUGGCGGAGGUAGUUAUUCAGAGGAAACCUCCAAACUGUCCGGUUACGAAACGAAAAAGAAAGAAAGACAAAACAAAAACACUCCGGUCUCGACCUGUGCGUUUUUGGAUUUGUGUGGUCGCGCGUCAUUCUGCUUAUAAAAGUUGUAGGAUCAGGUUGGAAAGUGCUCAGUCGUUGCCUUCUCCGAGCGACGUCCUUGGGUUUGAAUGUGUGUGUGGGGGGCUAAUUGUGUCGGGAUUGUCCAUCAGCGUGUUGUAAUUAGCACAUUAAUGAACGCCUAAUGGCUUCUCCUUAAAUAAUGGGGCUCUCGGCAGCAGAACAAUGUACCUGGCACUAAGAAUGCGGAGUCUUUUAUCGGGGCUUCGUUGAAUGCACGCAGCGGACAAGACCCCCCCCCCUCCUCCGAUGGGUUACCCGGCACUGAGCCGAGGCUCCUCUCCUCCUUACUGUAAAGAACCGCCGUGUCUUAAGCAUAAGACUCACAAUGAGACUGCUCCGCUUGAAACCAGGCCAUCGCCAUUUUGUCUACACAACGGAAUUACACGUACAUUAAUCAAUGCCUUAAUACUGUGUCUUACGGGUUUGCAUCAGCGCGUAAAGUGUAUUUAUAUAAUUAUUGGUGUACAUAUAUUGUACAUUUGUAUAUGAAAAUUAACGAGUUUGUAAAUAUGUAUAAU